AUGCUCCCUUGCUUUGCUCUUCAGUUGCAGGUCCCGAUCUUUGGGUACUCCGGGAGCUGCUCUCCAGCCCCUGCUUCUGAACCUAUGGAUUCUCCAUCUAGCGUUUCUUCCUGUUCUUCCUAUUCUCUCUCUUCCUCUUUUUCCACCUCCCCAGUGAACAGUGACUUUGGUCUCCCCUCCGAUAGUGAGGGGGAGGACAAAGGGGCCCAUGGCCCCAGGCCAGACCCUGUUGGGCAGAGGGGAGGUUCUCGGCCACGACCGGGUCCUAUCCGCUGCAGGCAACGGCCCAAGGUCUCCAGCAACCAACAUACAACAUCUUACUUGGAACAGCGGGGCUUGGCCUCUCCUAUGGCAGGAUCUGGGGUCAAAAGAUCGAGAGACGGUGAAUUACAGACCACUGUAAACAUCCAGGGUUGUAUCACAGAAGGAGACCUGCUUUUUGCUCAGAAGUGUAAAGAGCUCCAAGGUUUCAUCCGCCCUCUCACAGACCUACUGAAUGGGCUGAAGAUGGGUCGAUUUGAGAGAGGAUUGAGCAGUUUCCAGCAGAGCGUGGCAAUGGACAGGAUCCAGCGUAUUGUAGGUGUUUUGCAAAAGCCCCAGAUGGGGGAGCGUUACCUAGGAACCUUGCUACAGGUGGAAGCGAUGUUAAAGACUUGGUUUCCUCGUAUAGCUGCUCAGAAGUCAUCCUUGGGCAGUAGCAGGCACAAACUGACCCAGCAUUUUCCAAGCCACCACAGCCAUCCAGCUGCUUCCUCUCCUGCACCUCCCACGGAAAAGUUGGACGAGACACAGCUAGGACAUCUAGUGUUGAAAUCGAAGCAGCCUUGGCACCUCACAGAAUGGCCAGCCAUGCACCUCACUUGGACCCACACCACUCCAAUUUGCAACCCACCCCUCAGUUCCCCAGGUACCACUUCCCUGAGCCACGGUCCUUUAGGCACUGGAGCCAGCAUCGGUAUCAUCCUUUUUGUCCAGCAUGGAGUACAGCCCUUCACCCACUCUGCCCCAACCACUUCAGUUCUACCUGCUACAGCAUCGCCUGUCAUCCCCAGUGCUCCUAAGAAACUCUCUGGAGAGGGACCUCCUUGCCACAGUUUGCCAGUAACUCUGCCAUCAGACUGGAGCUGUACCCUGUCCCACCCUGGUCUACCCACCAUGGCCAGAGAGAUGACUGGGAGACAUCUAGAGCAGAUGAGAAGCCAUCCUUCAGUUGCCCCUGAUGUCCAUUCUCUCAACCCCUAA